AUGGGAAAAGUAGAAAUUAAAUCUAUCAAAGGUACCAAACAUUUUGGUGGCUUCUCUGAAGAAUACCCAAAAGAAUUAGAAGGAAUUAUUCCAGUUAAAGAAUACCUUGAUAUUAUUGAUUGUUUAAAUUAUAAUGGUAUAAGAGAUUUUUAUUCUAUUAUUAUUAUUCUUAUUGGUUAUAUUCUUUUUGGUUUAGUUAUUAUAUUAGUAUCUGCAAUUAUCGAGUUUAUUCGUUGGUCAAUUUUUAAAAGCAAAUUAAAAAGAGAUUUAAAUAAAUGCCUCGAAGGAAUCAAUAUGGCAUUAGAACCAAGACAAGCAUAUAUUACUUUACAUAUGAGUUUUUCAGGAGUCGUUACAUUAACAUUCAACUAUCCAAACUCUACCACAAUUAAUAGCAAUGAAAUGAUUUUACUUGACGGUACUCUAGGAAAUGCUAUUUUAGUUCAUCCAUGGGCUCAACCAAAUCAUAUUGUAAAUCCAUUAGUACAUAGCCCAGACGACCAACCAGAUGAUAUAAAUUUUAGAAAUAUUUUAGUUUCUAGAAAAUUAGAAAAGUUUUCAUGGUCAGAAAAAAAUUUCCAAGGUUGGAAUGUUUUCUAUAAUUUAAAACUAUAUAAUUAUCUAUCUUCCCAAGAAUACACUUCAAUGAUGGAAGAGUACAAUACAUUAUCUCAAUCUAUAAAGUUUAAUCAUCAUUGUUAUAAAUUUUUCUUAGCCUCUUUCAUACUCAUUUUUGCCUUGAUUGGUUUAGUUUUAAUAAUUCCAGCUUCAAUUUGGUUCGUUAUUGAAAAUAAUAAAUUUAUUAAAACUAUAAACUAUAAUAUUGACGUUUUAAAUAAUAAGUAUAAUUCAAUUUAUUAUACACGUGGAAUCCAAUUUAUAAAUAAAAAUGGCAAACUUUUCAUUACUAUUCCAAAAGAUGUUGGCCAAGCACCAAUAGUUACUAAAUACUCAGGUUCAAAACAAUUAAUUUUAGCACCAACAAUUCCAAAUGGUAUUUUACCAUUUUAUCAAGUUAACUGUGCCCCCCCACAAAACUUUGAACCAGUAUUUGAAAAAAAUAUUUAA